AUGACUUCUUUGAGGUGUUCGGAUAAUAGGGCGGAGAGGCCGAAGUUGGAGAUCUCGAGGUUGCCGUCUCCGUCGAGGAGUAGGUUUUGGGGUUUGAUGUCGCGGUGGGCGACGUCGUUCUGGUGGCAGAAACUGAGGGCGGAGGUCGUCUUCGUUGCUUCGAAUCCCGUCGUCGUCUUCAGCAAGAGUUACUGUCCGUUCUGCGUGGAUGUGAAAAAGUUGUUGACUCAGCUCGGUGCCUCCUUCAAGGCCAUUGAGUUGGAUACUGAAAGUGAUGGAAGUGAGAUACAAUCUGCACUGGCUGAGUGGACUGGACAACGGACUGUGCCGAAUGUCUUUAUUGGUGGCAAGCACAUUGGUGGCUGUGAUAAAACAAUAGUCGUGAACCAGGAAGGAAAGCUCGUUCCAUUGCUAACUGAAGCUGGAGCACUCUCUAAAGCUUCUUAG